UUAUCCACUGAUAGGACAAAUCUGUAAUACCAUAAAAGCUCUUUCCAUAUUAUUCUUCUAGUUCAUUUUGUGUUCGUAUGUGUUGCUGAAGUCGCACACGCUUUUAGAGAAAAGUAAUGAAGAGAUAACCUCUCAAUUAUACCAAUACUUGGUUUUUUGUUCUUCGUGAACGUAUAUAAUAUAUAGUUUAUUUACUUAUAAAUAUAAUCCUUCGAUAAAGCAGAAUGAAAUUAACACAAGCAUUAAGAAAAUAUCAUUUGGGUAGAUUAACUAGACAAAUAUGGUAUGCAGUACGUGAAAGAACACCCAUAGAUAAUAAUGUGGAAAGUAAAUUGUCAGGAUUGAACAUAAAGAUUGUAGAUCCCAUUGAUAUAUUUCAACCAAAGAAAGAAUUCGUAAAGAUAGAGCUUCCAGAACCUAUUAUUAAAGUAUACAAACCUGACAAUACCCAUCCUGAUUGGAAAAAUAGAACUUGUUUAAAUUAUAAGGAUCACAAUGUUCUACAACAUGGCUUAUCUCAAGCACAACUAUUGUUAAAAACCAUUCUUAUUAAAAAUGAACUUCCACAACAAAUUGAAGAAAAAGAAAUUGAUAUUUCAGAAGAUAUACACCGUUUAGUUAAAAGAACAAUUUAUACCUCUAAUGUAUUUGAUGCACAUCAAGAAUUGUUACCAAAAAGAAAGGAUCCAGAGAGACCAGCAUGGAAUUUUCCUAGAGACUAUGGCUUGACAGAUAUUAGAAAAACGCAUAAUUUAUUCAAGAAACUACUUCAAAUUUGUGAAUGUGUAUGUGGUCCAGAGAUUGUACAAACUCGUUCUGUCUAUCAUAAUGGAGUUGCGUGUCUUUCAAUAGAAAAGGAAUCAAAUUUAUUGCAAUUUGCAUUGACAUUUGAUUUAGCUCUUAUAUCAACAAAUCCUUUAAAAAAGAUAGAGGAUCAAAAUGCUUAUAUGGAAUUAGAUUUUCCAAAUAUAUAUCCAUUUUAUCCUACAGUUAGCUUGACAAAAACAAAUAUUUACAAAACCGAAGAUCUAUAUCCUAUUGAGACGACAACACCCUGGUCGAAUGUUCAUACCAUAUUUAUAAGCCAUAAUCCAGAAGAAGUAAAAAAUCUUUCUGAACUACCAGUAGUUGAGGAUCAAAUACUUGCACGCUCUAUGAUAAAAUCAUUUACUGCAGCUGCAAGUAAUGCACGUCAAAAAUAUGGAUCUGAUGUUAAACAUUUACCAGAACCGAUAACUGUGCAAUGUGUUGAAUCCAAUGGGAAACAGUUUCAUUUUUCAGUAUUUCAACUUAAUACACUAGAUAUAAACAAAACAGAAGGUAUUCGAAAUUUUUGGUGGUCUAGUCCAAUAUUAGAGUUAUAUGAAGAGGCAUGUUAUAAAACUGGUAAGCCAAUUUUUACUGGCUAUAAUCCUGAAGUUGUGAAAAAACUGUUUGCAUUUUAUAAAAAUACAUAGUUUAAUGAAUAAAUUAUUUUUAAUAAACAAAAAAAAAAUAUA